AGAACCAACAGAAAAAAAACAAACAAAAACUCGUCAAUAUCAUUUCAAUCAUGUAGCUCGAGUGUCAAAAUUAUAAAAUCUUGUUUUUGGUUUAAAUUGUUAUUGUUUUUUACGCUGAUAAACUCGUUAAUGCCCUGGUUAGGAUCCCCUUUUCAAGGACUAAUUUGUACUGUCAAAUUUAUAAAUAAUAGCAAAUUUACGAAUGGAUCGCCGCGAAGUGGACGUAUAUGGAAUGCCGCCGAACAAAAAUUUAAGUUAUGAGGCUCGCAUCUAUUUGCUGAGCGUAGUAUUUGCCGUAGUGGCGCUGGUUCAGUGGAUACUCAUUGGAUACUUCACGGAUUGGCGUAAAUACAAAAUUCCACAGGAACGAUAUGGCUUUUGGCUGAUGGCCACGUUUUUUGGCAUCUGUUUGCUGUCCUGUACGCCGUGCGGUCGUCGUUGUCCGUGGAACGUGUUGCUCGUUAUAAUUAUUGUGGAAUCGUCGACGCUCUACAUUGCGGUCGAGCAGCAGAACACUCGGGGUUAUAUGGUCAAUAUUUAUGCUGUCACAAUUGUGUUCAUGCUGGUAAUUACAUCUAUCUUCUACGGAGCGUACUUUCCAAUGCGUAUGGUGCCAGGUGAUUUGAUGCUAAGCCUAGGUGUCGCAAUUGCCAACAUUAUGAUGAUAUUGUUCUUCCUAAAUGCGUUCAUAAUCAACAACGAUACCAUAUUUACAAUAGUGCGAAACUACUUCGGAUUCACAGCGAUCACAAUGAUUGCGUACACGGCCACCAUUAUACAUGACCGGCAGUCCGAUGUGCCCAAAAAUGAAUAUAUCUUUCUCAGUGUCUUGCUUUUCUUUGGCCAAAUGAUACUCCACGAGCGCAUUCUCUCAAUUUCCGCGACUACUACUCGCUCUCAGGCAUGCAAUAUGAAAGCUUAGGCCAAUGCCAGCUAGAUCUAUCCCAAAACUUGGAUCUAGGCAAAUUUAUGUAAAAGAACCCAUGAAUUGCCUUUGGACAUUGUGAAAAUUGUAACCCACAGGGCAUUACGUAAGUGAUCGAUUUCAACUGGAUGAAUGAGAGUGGUUUCAAGACUUAAUACUUUAGUAAUUUAACAAAUAUAUGCAGAUGUGUUAUGCACUAUGACAAAUAAAAACCAAAGC